AUUUUAAUGUAGUUCCUUGUAUCCAAUUAUGCGUUGAUAUGUUUUGUACAGAUUCCCCUCAGAGGUAGGGAAGGAAAACAAGACCCCAACCCCGACUACUUUGAGUAGAGAGUAGGAGUUUAGGGAAGAUUCGUUUAAUCAAGCAAAGACAAAAGUGACAUUUCAGGCAAUUGUAUCCAGCGUGGGGGGGCUCCAUGCACAUUUCUCUUAGGAAGUGGCAGUGGGAGGCUAGCAGGAUUGCGGCAGCUUGGUCUUGCUCCAAUGGUUUGUCCAGGGAGCGAUUCAUGUUUCCCCUAAGGCUGCCUCUCAUUAGCAUGAACCAGGGGGAAGGGCAUAAAAGACUCCAGUUCAUUUAGAGUCUGGAAAAGGUUUCCUUCAGAAUGACAACCAAAGCAUUCUGGCUCCUCUGUUUUGUCAUGGGACCAUCGUCCAACUUGGUGGCAGGAUACCUGCCCUCUAUCGGAAAACCCAUUCGGGCACUCAGCAAGGAUGGGUACAGUGCAGCAGACUCCACACCAAGCCAAGCUAAGUUCCCAUUUAGAGGCAGCAGUGUUGGUGAAGAGAAUCAAACAGAGCAUUGGUUGCUGUCUCCAGCUAACCUCCAGUGGCCAAAAGCUGCUGACAUCCUCUCAGUCUCACCAGAGAAAAAGAAAAAGGCCAAGACCUCAGUGGAAAACAAUACAGGGCUGAGGAAAGAGCCUCACCAGGAUGGCAGGGUCCUGGCUUCCGAGAGCCACAUGGAGGGACCUCCUUCUGCUUCUUUUUACUUCAAUCAUGCAAACAGAAUGCAGGCAGAUAGGUUUCCGUCCGAGUCAGCGAACAGCAUCUCAGCACGCUUCCACCAUAGAGCAUUUUCCCAUUAUAAAGGCAGAUCCUUGACUUUAGCUGAGAUGCAUCCUUUCCAAGACACAGGGGCAGUUGAGACAGAAGAUCCCAAUAUGGUGGAUCACCUCAACCGACCUGGCAAGAUGAAUCCCUACAAACAGCACGACCCUAUAAGAAACGUCAGCAAGCCCUCCUGGGUCACCAACCGCCAGUCAUCGAGCCUGCUGUAUCACUUCAACGUGCUAAAGAAAGUUCUAGAUGCUGACAACAAGGAGAAGGUGUGCCUGACGGAGUGCAGGAGGGAGAAGGAUGAAGCAGAGGCUUUCUGUGUGAGUGAAUUUGCAGUGAAUGGGAUUGUUCAUGAUGUGGAAACACUGGAGAAAGGAGUCCGCCUGGUUACACUCUUGGUAAAUAGCGACGGAUUAUACAAGAUGAGUCGCCUGUAUAUCACCCCCGAUGGUUUCUUCUUCCGAGUUCACAUUCUCGUUGUGGAUGCUUUAAACUGCAGUAAACCAUGUCCAGAUUUUAAACUUGGAAGUAGAUACAUUGUGAUGGGUCAGAUCUACCACAAGAGACGGCAGCUACCUGCCCUUCUGCUGCAGUUCCUGAGAGGGCGUCUGCGGCCAGGAGAUGGGCUGCUAAGCAGCGGCAGCAACUAUGUAAAAAGAUUCAACAGGAAGAGGGAUCGUAAAGUUCAAGGGGUAGCUCACACCAAGUGUGGAUGAGGCUACGGUCCUAACUGCUUUACUACGGCAUAAGCAGCGCUGGCAGUCAGCUAGCAGAACAAAACUGGUCUCUCCUUGAAUUGAGUCUGACCUUCCUGCCAUAGUAAGGAUCCUCUUCGAGUGACUACAGCUCAGCUCUUGCUUAAUUCUGUCUCCAGUACUGAUGAACACCUGCUGUCUUAUAGGGUUUACAAAACAAUGUUUCCUUCAAAGGUUCUGGUUAUAUACAGAUACCAAUAUAGUGUGCAAAAAGAAGAAGAAAAACAAACAAACACCACCCACAGCCUAGGAAUCAAACCUAUUCACUCACUGUAGAGAACAUUAACUGGUUAGUGGAUUUCCCUUUGAAUAUAGGUUAUCCUUUUUGUAAUACAUAAUUUAAAUCCUAAUAUUUGGAAAAUAACCCAUUAUGAUUAUUUUUAGAGCUAAAUUCUUUUGUCAGCACCUCUUAUAUAUAUCAGAAGUAACUGGAGUCACUCUGGCUUUACACCGCUUUAACUGAGAACAGCUGUCUCUUACUGCUUAGGUUAAUAUUCAGAACUGUGUAUUUCAUAGUAUUAAAGUUCUCAGUGCAAUGAGAUUAUAAAAACGAGCAUUCAAACCCUAACUCUGUAACGUGUUGCAUGAUCAUUUGUAGCUCAACGGCUGCACAGCAUAAAUAUGUAGACAUUUGUUUUGAAACACUAUCAAAUUAAGAAUUCUGACAAAUAAAAUUUUUGCAGCACUUUGGUUUCCUCAAAGUACAUAAUACUGUUUUUUUAAACAAUGUAUAAUUAUACCAUUUUCCUCAAAUAUAAGGGACCAGAUUUUUCUGGUCAUUUAGAAACAAGUUCAACAUACAUAUGCCACAGCACACCUUAUUGGAGCCUACACAUAUGCUCGGAGAUUGAUCCAUUUGUAGAGUCCAAGGCUAGAUGGCACAAUUGUGAUCAUUUAAGUUGACCUCCUGCAUAACACAGGACAUACAACUUCCCCAAAAUAAUUCCUAAAGCUUUUUCUAAAACAUCCAUUCUUGAUUUUAAACUUGUCAGUCAGUGAUGGAGACUCCACCAUGACCCUUGGUAAAUUGUUCCAAUGUUUAAUUACCCUUUUAAAAAUUUAUGCCUUAUUUCAUUAAUUGAAUACAAAUCAUGCACAAAUAGCCAAUUAGUAUGUGUACAGUUACCUAUUUGCAUGUACAAAUUAUGGUAUUGAGGCAUGCAACUCAGUCAUGCAAUUGCAUACACAUUUUGCAUGCCUAAUUACUCUUCUAAAGUGGAUGUUCAACCCUGAAACUAUUGAGUGUAUUUGGUAUAAUUUUUCUAUGAAGACAAGUGUAUGAGGUUUAUAUCUGCAAACCAGUAAAGCUACCUUUGAAUCA